CACCGACUUCACGACGCAGACAUGUAUGUGUGUUGGAGCAGCUGUGAAGGAGGAAACUAGCUCCACAUCGGGUUACACGACAGGAACCCACCGCGGAGACUUCGUGACGCACGGAGACGCGCAGCUUCCAGUAAACACUACUUUAAAUCAUGGAGGAUCGAGCUUAAGCUACAUCCUGCAGGUUUAAAUGUAACGAACGCUUCACAUCUUUAUAUGGUGAAUUUAGAAGAUGACAGAUUAUUUUUGCAACUUUCUCUGCAGGUGAUCAACACUGCCUCUUACUAACAAUGGAGAAAGGUUGGUUUAUUGGACAUGACAGGAUUCCCCCUGCAAAAUCUGACCAGCAGACGCCCAGCAGCACUGCCUCGAGGCCUUGCAUGACUAUAAACUUAACCAAAAUGCUUCGAGCUGACAAACCCAAUGUGGAAAAGAAGCCUAUUCCAAUCCGCCCGCCAAGCCCCAGAGUCUCCAAGCCAAAAGAGGAAACACUCCACCGCAGUCCCUCCUGCGAACCAGCGCCCAAACCCAUCAUCCGACAGCGAUCGCACUCUCUACCUUCUGCCACAGCCAAGAGGAAGCAGUGCAGUAAUGCUGGAGUACGGUUUGUUGAUUCCUUGGGGCUGGAUCUGGAAGAUGUUAGGCUUUUUAAAUCUGGAGACGAUCCGUUCGUGCCACAUCAUGUUACCUUCAGGCUGCUGAUGGGUUCCGAGAUAGCAGAUGGGAAGCAUCUGGAGAUCUCCUUGCCAUACAUGAAGCCAGUUUUUGCCCAACAGCCUGGCGACCAGCCGGGAUUCUUGUAUCGUCUCCAUGAGCAGAAAGUGUGCCUGGAGAGAGUCUCUUGUUUUGAAUUGGGCGUCAUCGGGAUCACCCAAGUCGUCAACCUGGACUUCGAGAAAGAUGUCACAGCUCGGUAUUCGUUCACAGAGUGGAAGAGCUGCACAGAAACUAAGGCCUCUUGGAUGUCCACCAUCACCAAGGCCUGGGAAGGUGGAGGCGGGCAGUUUAGUUGCGAUACAUUUCAUUUCCAUCUGCCCGUCCCUCCAUUCCUGCAGCCAGGAGCACUGUUAGAGUUCGCCAUUCGAUACCGAGUCUGUGGGGCUGAAUACUGGGACAACAAUGAUGGACAGAAUUAUAAGUUAGUUUGCCAAAACUACACACUCACUGUGCCUAAAGAAUGUGAGGAUAGCAUGGUGCACUUCAUUUAGGAUGCAGACUAAAGGCAGACGAGAUCUCUUGAGAGCACUUUAUGAGAGCUGGCACUAAAACCUAUAGAAAACACCUGCACAGUAACAUAACGUUCAUUUUGUUGAAAGUGUCGACCGAGUUUGAAUGAUGUUAGAUUUGAGGCAAACUGUAACUCUGGACGGACUUAGAGGGAAAUUAACUAUUGCACUUAUGCCUGAUGCCAGCUUUACUGUCGCUGAUGUUUCUGUUUUGUACAAAUUGCACUGAAAUAUUAGAUUUUCCAAGCUAUUAAAAAUGCACUUUAGAGUAAGCACAUUCAGUAGAAGUGACACCCACAGAGAAUUACAUAAGCAUUCUGUGAAAUUUAAAUUAAUACACUUCAGUCCACUGUUUUCUUCCAGCUGGAUCUUUGACAAAAACUCAUUUUAUACAAAGCAGGGAUUUGGAGUGGUGUACCAUUCAUUUUCAAAUGUUGUCAAACCAAAAGCCCAAAGCAUGUCAUGGAUACAAUUUGAAUGUCUUUUAAUAAAUCAGAAAUGAAAUAUUAUUUUGUUAAAUAACACAUUUUGAUAAACAACGGUUUGCUGUAGUAUAAUUUAGGACUGAACAAUUUAUCAAAAGCACAAUACGGUCAAGUGCAAUAUCCAAAUUAUAGGAAAUGCAUCUUUGAUAAAGUGUGUAAGAAGAUAAUAUAAAUGAAAUAUUGUGCUGCUACAGAGAUGUUCGACCUUUAAAUCAUAUUCUGAAGAUAUGCAGACCUCAGCAAAAAACACAAUCAUUUUUAUCUCUUUUUUCAUGUGGGAAAGAAAUGACCAUUUUACCUAAAAUUGUGACUCAUAUCACAAGUGCUAUAUCUGUCAAAACUUUCUUUUUUGUUUUUGUAUUUUGUUCAGCCCUAUUCAUAUUUGCAUUGAAGGCUCAAAUCCUACAUCCUCUAGCUAUGUUCAGCUAGUUUCUGUAAAUAAUUUUCUCUUAGCUUGCAGUUAUGUCACUUUUUGGAAAGAAAACACUGUUCAAGACACCUUCUAGUGACAAAAUAUUCCAAUGUGUUAUCAGCUGUGUUGGAAUAAAUGACCGCACACUAAAGGAAAGAGUAGUCGUUGAAUAUUAACAUAAGAACUGUUUUAUUGUUGUGAUAAAGUGAGGACUUGUCUGUUGCCUAUCCCAAAAUUUUGACCACUCAUGACUGUUUUUAAACAGAUCAGAACCACAGACUUUAUAUAAAGAGGUCAGAACCAGACUGUAUAUAAACAGUUUAGAACCACAGACUGAAUGCAAAGAGGUCAGGAAAGUUUAGUGAAUUUCCGGACUGUGUAAAUACCAUUCAAAGCAAACCACAAGUUACUCCUUGAUAACGUAUGACAACAGUUCAGAAGCCACAUUGCAAACUAUGAAUUUGGAGGAAAUUUCAGUUAUAAAAAACUAAUUUGCUUGUGUCAUCAUGAAGAGUAGAUGUUGUAGAAAAUAUACAAAAAAAAAAUACUGCUUGAAACAUAUGAUAAUGUGGAACGGUAAAGGUAAUUUGGGGAUUGAUGAAGAGACACAAAAGGAUGAGGUUUGAUACAAACAGAAAGGAGUAAAAUAUGAGAUGUAAUGGCAUGUAGCAGGUAGGAGUUAAUAAGUUGUUUUGUUUUUAAUUUUGUGAGUUUUGUUUUCCAUUUUCUGACACUGUCAAGUGUUCUCCCACUUUCAAUGACUGGUGAUUAUCACUGAUGAUUUUUGAACGUUCAUGUGCAGUUUCCUCACUUGAAAAAGGACGUUUCAUCUACUCAGGGUUUGAGCUGGACUCCACUCAUUGAUCAGACAGUUACUUUCUUUUUUUCAGGUAACAGGUAUACACAGAUGGCAACUUCACAAGGCCAUGAUGAGUUAAGUUGAUACAUUAAGAUGAAAAACCUUCAAACAAAACACAACAGAACAAUGUUCACAUCACUGCAACUCAGCAAACAGUAACAACCAUUCCCUAUGCAAAAGUUUCACCUCAUUGGCAAAUGCUACUCCACUCAAUUUAUGUUUGUCAACCUCAACAUCAAAAAACUGAAGCAACAAACCAUGUCAUGACCGAUCUUCAAACCAAUCCUAUACCACACACGAAUUUAACUGCAUUUUAAAGAGGCGAUUUAAAUCACACAUUUACUCUUAACAUUUUUAUCAGAUUUUUAAGCAUAUUUAUACAUUUUAAAUUAUAUUUUUGUAAUUACUUCAAGUGCAUGAAGUGACUUUUAAAGUGCAAUCUGUUACAGACCCAGUAAAUAAAUAAAGUGCAAAUAACAAACCCAC